AUGCCUGGCCGCAUGAAGAACUUCAACAAAGACAGCGGAUCAACUGCCACCGCCAAUGCCUGGCCGCGCGAACAGUCGUCAGUCAACAAGCAACUCAGAUCAACCACGUAUUUACGCUUCGUGUCGCCCAACUUUGAAGGUGUACAUAUUUACUUUAAAAAUGUCGAAGCUCAGAACUGGCAACUCAAACAUUAUCUACACUAUCGUUUGAAACAAGAUAAUGUAAUCCUAUCUUGGAUGGACGUUUAUGAUGACUGGAAAAAGUCACUCAAUGUUAUUAUAAAGAACAGUACUAAAAAAAUUCCGGGUAGUGUGCAUACAAAUCUCGAAAGAAUUCAAGAACUAGAGAAAUCCUUAUUCUCCUCCCAAAAGAUAUCACAGCAUUUUCGAAUAUCAACAAGAGGAAAAAAGCGAGCGCACGAUGACAACAAUAAAGAAGUAUCGCAAUGUGGAAAACGUAGUCGACAAAAUGUCGGGUUUUUGAAUCCAAGCUGGGUUGAACUACAUCCAUGUUAUUUAAUAUGUUAUCAACGCUACUUAUUUUUGAUUUAUUGUUUAUGA